AUGCCAGUCGCAUGGUAUUAAACACCGUGUAGUUGGUAUUUCCUCAAUGUAAAGCAUGCGUCUCACUCUCUGUGUAAACUGCUAGCUGCGUGUCUUCUGUCUAUCAAGCCCAAACUUGAAUAUCUAAAGGUGCAUUCAAAAUUUGUCUGGCGUCUUCAACUUGAGUCAUCAUGACAGGGAACAAACUGAUUUCCUUUGGGAAGACAUUGCUGAGACGUCGUGUGCUGGACAACAGUCAGGAUGAAACCCGGUUUUCUCGUUGUCUCACCACACUGGACCUCAUAGCCCUUGGCGUUGGAGCAACACUGGGUGCAGGUGUAUAUGUCCUGGCAGGAGAAGUGGCCAGAGAGAAAGCUGGACCUGCAAUUGUACUUUCUUUCCUCAUUGCAGCAAUGUCUUCUGUCCUUGCCGGUUUGUGCUACGCCGAAUUCGGUGCACGGGUUCCCAAAACAGGAUCUGCUUACCUGUAUAGCUACGUCACGGUUGGAGAAAUAUGGGCUUUUAUCACAGGAUGGAACUUGAUUCUGUCGUAUGUCAUAGGCACAGCUAGUGUGGCAAGAGCAUGGAGUUCAACUUUUGACAAUCUGGUGGAGAAAAAGAUCUCUGUUUUCUUCAAUGGCUCCAUGUCAAUUCCAAACACUGGAAAAGUGUUAGCCGAGUAUCCCGACCUGUUUGCCUUCGUCCUGGUCAUGUUACUAACCGGAUUACUGGCAUUCGGAGUGAGUGAGUCUGCACUUGUCACCAAGAUCUUCACAGGAGUCAACCUGCUGGUACUGACAUUUGUCAUCAUAUCAGGUUUUGUGAAAGGCAACACCGCCAACUGGAAUCUUACUGUGGAGGAUUACAUUAAUAACACCAACAUCUUAAAAACAGACGAAGAAAUAAAAAAAAACUUUGGCUCGGGAGGCUUUGCGCCCUUCGGCUUUAGCGGGAUCCUUUCUGGUGCUGCUACAUGCUUUUACGCCUUUGUUGGUUUUGACUGCAUUGCUACUACAAGCGAGGAAGCCAAAAACCCAAUGCGUUCCAUCCCAAUAGGCAUAGUGGCCUCUCUGCUCAUCUGCUUUUUUGCCUACUUUGGAGUUUCAGCAGCUCUUACCCUCAUGAUGCCCUAUUACUUGCUGGAUGUCCAGAGUCCUCUUCCCCAGGCCUUCAGUCAUGUACACUGGGACCCUGCACGAUAUAUAGUGGCUGUGGGUUCUCUGUGUGCGCUAUCUACCAGUUUAUUGGGCUCAAUGUUCCCCAUGCCUCGUGUGAUUUAUGCUAUGGCUGAGGAUGGUUUGCUCUUUCGCUUCCUGUCCCGCAUGCACAAGAAAACCAAAACACCCCUGCUGGCCACCAUCGUGUCUGGCAUUGUAGCAGCUUUGAUGGCCUUCCUGUUUGAUCUUGCUGCCUUAGUAGACUUGAUGUCCAUUGGUACCCUGCUGGCGUACACUCUGGUCGCUGUGUGCGUGCUAAUUCUCCGCUACCAACCAGGCAGUCUUGGCAGUGUUGUGGAUGCAAAGCAAGUGGAACUGCAGAGACUGGAGGCAAAGGUACCCAUAGCAGAUGUGGAUAGUGGAGAUGAGUACGAGACCAAACCACUUAAGGAGAAGUUUCUCAUCAGACUGCUGCUGCAACCCAGCUCCGAUGUGCCAAACAAGACUUCGGGCCUUAUUGUUUAUUCUGCAACAUGCAUCAUUUCUGUGCUUUUCACAUUGCUGUGUGUGAUGCUGGCGGUUUGUGGAGAGCAGGUGGGGAAGGGGAGUCCUGUUCAUGUCACUGUGGUCGUGGUCCUAUCUCUUUUAUCCUUUAUCUGUAUCUUGAUUAUCUGGAGACAGCCUCAGAGCAAAGAUGUUCUCAGCUUUAAGGUCCCUUUGCUGCCCAUUCUGCCAUUGGUCAGCAUCUUUGUAAAUAUUUAUCUCAUGAUGCAAAUGGACGGACCUACAUGGAUUCGUUUCUCAGUGUGGAUGGCCAUUGGAUUUAUUAUUUAUUUUGCCUAUGGGAUAUGGAACAGCUCUGAAGCUAAAAAUAAUUCCCCAAAAAAUUUUGAGCCCAUUCUUCAGGGAAAGAAAUCGAUCUAUCUGAAUGAAGAUGAGAGCGAAGUUGAGGGGGCCACACCUUAGGAAGUGAAACAGCUAUUUUUGUGUCAAAUGCCGCAGUAUCAUUUUUGCACUUUGUUUCAUCUGUCUGACAAAAAGUGUUUAUUCAAAAGGCUGUUUACAGCAGGCCAACUGGAUAUACUUUCUUAUUGUUUACAUUGUGUCAGUGUAUAUUGUUACUGUAACAAAGUAUAUUUAUAUGAAGUGAACAGUAUUUCUAGUCCUACUAGGACUUUAUGUUGAAGUGUUUACUGUUGUACAGGAACUAGGGAUUUGCGAAUGGUGUCUUUCCUGCCCAUGGGUCUCCUGUGGUCAUUUAUGGUGACUUUUAUCUCCCAAAAUAUUGAAUGGGAUUAUCAUAAAGACAGAAAGAUCAUUACUUUCAUUACAGAAAGAUCAUGACUAUAAUAGAUUUAGUGAAACAACAUGUGCUUUUUAUUGUGUUUUGAACUCAAAACGUCCUUGUAGUACUGCUAUAUAUAUAUAUAUAUAUAUAGCCUAUAUAUUGUGGAUUUUUGUCAGUAGUUUUCUAUUUUUAAAACUAUAUUGUAUAUUUUUGUCAAUGUAUGAAUGUAUUUAUGUGGAAGUGUUAUUAACUUGACCUUAUAUUUUUUUACUUUGGUGAUUAACUGUGGUUGCCUAUAUAAUUCGAAACAUCAGCAUCUAGAGCUUUAGUUUUCAAGAUGUUUAUUGAAAUUAGAUAAGUUUAUGCAGUUUUUUGUAAAAACAAUGCAAAACAAAUGUUUUAUCUUUAUGAAAAGGUGUGGGGAUUGUGAUAUUUUACUAUACUAAAGAGGCACUUACAUUUUGUGGUAUCAUGACACGAAGAUUAAACAAGAAUGAUGUACAUUUAUGACUAUACAGCACUAGACAGAGUUGUUGUACGGUACAUUUUAAGUCAUUACUUGCAGAAUUACACCAUUUACAGUUAAUGUUUAAAGAAUGCUGCUGUGUAAUUUUGCUGGACGUUUCUCUUUCAGUGGAUUAAAAAUCAUCUGUUACAAGUUAUGAGUCAGUAGGGUUAACUUUUAAAAGAGGGUCGACCCUCAUGUUGUAUAAUACAGAGACUUUAUUUUACGAGUGAUUUGAUAUUUUAGAAGUGAUGUUUACUGGAUAAACAAAUUACUGUAUUGUAAGAGUAAUUGUGCAUUUUUUUCUCUUUUUUUCCCUUUGUAAAUAGCAUACUAAUUGUGCAUUUAUUAUUUACUAUUUUGUUAACAAUAAAUAUGGGCUAUCAAAAAACGUC